AUGGCCGGGGGGCGGCGGGCGGCGGGAGCGCUGGCGGAGCCGCGGCGCCUGAUGCGCACCGGGCUGGGGCUGAUCGUGCUGGGCCACGGCAGCCUCGUGCUGGGCGCCAUCGUGCACGGCUCGGUGCUGCGGCACGUGGCGGGCGCCCGCCGCGCCGUCACCCCCGAGUACGCGGCGGCCAACGUGGUGUCGGUGUGCUCGGGGCUGCUGAGCAUCGCCGCGGGCAUCGUGGCCAUCCUGGUGUCGCACAACCUGUCCCGGGCGGUCCUGCACUGGACCCUGCUGGGCGUCUCUCUGCUCAACUGCCUGCUGUCCACGGCGUGCAGCGUGGGGCUGGCGCUCGCCUUCGCCCUCACGGUGCACAGCCGGGGCACGCACCUGGUGCGGGGCUGCGACAGCUCCGCGCUGCCCCUGGACGCCCGUGAAAACAUCGCGACCAACGACUGUCCCUUCAACACCACGCGCAUCUACGACACGGCCCUGGCGCUCUGGUUCCUCUCCCUGCUGCUGGCAGCUGCGGAAGCCGUGCUCUCGGGCAGGAGCUGCUUGGUGGCUCUGGUGUUCCGGGGCAUCGGGCCCUGCGCACACGGCUAUGGCAGAGAGCAGCUGGUCAGGCCAAGUACAGCAAUGGAGAAGCCACUCCGUGAGAGGCAGCAGCUCCUGGCAGGAAUUUCUGACUCUGCAGUGUAGCUGGAGAGGUGGUGCUGCAGGAGCGCUGUGACCCAGCCAGGUCGGGGCCAGGGUGGUGUCACAGCUCCUGCAGGGGGCUCAGGGUGUGCCCUGCCCCCUGCCCCCAGCUCCACCAGCCCACCUGGCACAGACCCUGCAGGUCAGCAGGUGCUGCUGCUCUCCCAUCCUCGCCCCAAGCUGCUGGGCCCGUCCUGGUGUGCUGCAGUUCUUGGUUUCUGGCUGCAGUGGUGGGGGUGGGCAGUCCUGGUGCCACUGCAGGCAUGGCAGCUGGCUGUGCCUGUGCUCAGAUGUCUCAGGGAACAGAAAGGGAAGAAUCCCUUUGGUGUAGGUCUCUAGUUUUCUUGAAUAAAGAAAGUUUUCCUUUCUACACUGGCUGUUCUAAGUGGCUCUGCCAGGUGAGUGCUGGUUGGGAACAAGGCAUGCCAAGGGAAGGGAAGGGCAGCUGCUCUGUGAGCCUGUCCCUGUGCCUGCCACUCCCCAGGCACAGGGAUGGUGGCAGAGCUGUGGCCCCAGUGUGGCACUCACCCACGGACACGGG